AUGGGUAUGGUUCGCAGGCCUCCAGGAUAUGUGGUCGCUAGUAUGCUGUGUUCCUGCGGCGGGCUGUUGUUUGGGAUGGACACUGGCAUCAUUGGCCCUGUAACUACUAUGGACAGCUUUGUUGCACAAUUCGGUAGCCAGUCUGCAACUGUUCAUGGGUUGAUAGUAUCGUCGAUUUUGAUUCCAGCAGCCGUCUCAUCCUUUUUUGCCGGCUUUCUUGCCGACAAAUUGGGUAGGUCAAAGGGCAUCAGUAUUGGUGCGCUGAUAUUUGCUCUCGGAGCUGCGCUUGAGGCAGCAGCGGUCCAUAUUGCUAUGUUUAUCGUUGGAAGGUGUGUCGAGGGAAUAGGGGAGGGUCUCUACCUGGGGACGCUGGUCGUCUACAUUUGCGAGAUUUCACCGACUAGCGUUCGAGGAGUGCUCACUACUGGCCCUCAGUUGCUGAUUACCCUGGGAUUGGUGGUUGGUUUCUUUACUUGCUACGGGACUGCUCGCAUCGAGUCUUCGUUCUCAUGGCGGACACCAUUCCUUAUACUGGCGUGUCUAGCGGUCACUUUUUCGGUGGUUUCAUGGCUCUGGCUUCCCCCGUCACCGAGAUGGUUGAAGCUCCACGGCCGUGAAACGGAAGCAACGGCAGCGUGGGAUCGUCUGGGAGUCACUCAUGCAGAACAAGAAAAGAUGGAGGUGGAAGAGGAUCGAGAGACUACGAUGCAGCGAAGCGCAGCUCCAGAAGCUGGCAAUGCAUCUACCGUGGAACGGAUCGCAUCCGGCCCCCGGCCCCCAGUUCAAUCCGUCAAACACAAGCUUUUCGACAUCUUUUCAAAAGAUGUCCGAACACGAACAGCACUUGCUGUAUUUUUAAUGGGGAUGCAGCAACUUAGUGGAAUUGAUGGCGUGCUCUACUAUGCCCCUCUACUUUUCCAACAAGCUGGACUUGCAUCCACGGAUGCCAGCUUUUUUGCUUCGGGUGUUUCUGCUCUUGUUAUUUUCGGUGUAACAAUCCCUGCCCUUAUAUGGGCUGACAGGUGGGGUCGUCGGCACAGCACUAUAUAUGGUGGCAUUGGGCUUAGCAUAACAAUGUUUUUGAUGGGAGCUUUGUACGCGGGAAAUGCUGUGCAUAGCUCAACUGGUGCAGGCAGAUGGGUUGUGAUUGUUUCCAUUUACAUCUUUGCAGUCAUUUACUCCCUCAGCUGGGCAGUUGGAAUCAAAAUUUACGCUGCUGAAAUCCAACCGCAGCGAACGCGCGCUUCAGCAACGAGCUUAGCACAUGGAAGCAACUGGACGGCCAACUUCAUCGUGGCCCUUACGACUCCCAUACUGCUAUCUCGCAGUAGCUUUGGUGCGUACUUCCUCUUUGGAGGGUGCACGCUGAUAACUGCUCUGAUCUGUGCAAUCUUCAUGCCAGAAACUAAGGGCAGGUCCCUGGAUGAGAUUGAGGAGGCCUUUAAAUCCAAGUCCUUGGGAUCGCAGUCCUUUGCCAAGAUCAUCCGGCCAAUUACCCGACAGACUUCAUGA